CAAGAAAACACAAAAAGAGGAUGACUGGGGGCCAUGGUUCCUUGGGCUUGCUUGCCCUUUUCUGGCUCUUGAUGGGUGGGUUCUUGCCCAUCUACCUCCCAGUAUGGAGCCUCAACUUCCAAGCUGGUGCUCCUAUAGUCUACUCUGGACCCCAUGGAAGCUAUUUUGGCUUUGCCUUGGAUUUCUACCAGGACAGUAAAGGCAGCAUGAAUGUGGUUGUGGGAGCCCCUCAAGCAAACACCUCGCAGCCUGAUGUGAUGGAAGCGGGUUCUGUCUACCUGUGCCCUUGGGUACUCAGUGGCAGCAACUGCACCCCCAUUGAGUUUGAUACUAAAGGUGAUCAAGUUAUGCAAGAUGAUCAUAUCACUAUGAAAGUCUUUAAGUCCAAACAGUGGUUCGGAGCAUCUGUGAGCACCUGGAAAGACAAUAUCUUGGCCUGUGCCCCUCUGCAGCACUGGAAUGCCUUGGAAGGUCAAAAGGAGGCCACAAAGACCCCCGUGGGCAACUGUUUCUUGGCCUCAGAAGGCCUGCAGCGUUUCUCAGAAUAUUCACCAUGCCGUGACAUUCAGAUGGAGUCCUUUUACUCACCCUAUUACUUUGAUGACAAGCGAUACUGUGAAAUUGGAUUCAGCGCUGCCAUCUCUAAUUCUGGAAAGGCAUUGCUUGGGGCACCCGGUGGAUAUUACUUUGGAGGUCUCUUCUCUUCAGUUAGCUUGUCAGCGAUCCAAUCCAGUUUUCCUGGCUAUACUUCCCUGUUGUGGACAGUGAAACCAGAGGACAUGACAAGCGACUACUCAGACUCAAGUUAUGAUGAUGCCUAUCGAGGGUACUCAGUGGCUUUGGGGGAAUUUAAUGAAAACCCUGAGUCAGCAGAAUACGUGGUGGGUGUUCCUAAUAAAAGCGAAACGCAAGGCGUGGUGGAAAUUUUCACCCUGAAAUAUGUCUUCCGAGUUCUGUGGACCAUCCGCAGUGAGCAGAUAGCAUCGUAUUUUGGGCAUACAGUGGCAGUUGCUGAUAUCAAUGGAGAUGGGAAAGAUGAUAUUCUUGUGGGAGCCCCCCUUUUCUUGGAGCGCCACUCAGACCUGAAACUGUAUGAAGUGGGAAGAGUUUAUUUAUACAUACAGCGCAAGACCCCCAAUGCUUACAACACCCCCUGGCAGACGCUGACGGGCACAGAUGUCUAUGGGCGCUUUGGCAUGGCCAUUGCUCCAUUGGGUGACACAGACCAGGAUGGAUAUGUUGAUAUCGCUGUUGGAGCCCCUUUUGCAGGACGAGACAAGGGUGGCCGUGUUUACAUCUACCAUGGGUGUAGCGAAGGCUUGAGCACAUCCCCAAAGCAGAUCCUUGAGAGUCCUUUCUCUGGGCCAGCUGGUUUUGGUUUUGCCAUACGUGGAGCUUCUGAUGUUGAUGGAAACGGCUACCCUGAUGUGCUGGUUGGAGCUUACAGAGUCAGCAAAGUGGCUGUGUACAGAGCUCAGCCGGUGGUGGUGGUCAAAGCUCAGCUGGUCUUACCAGAUGCACUGAAUCCAGAGGAUAAAACCUGUGGGGCACCAGGAGCAAAAGCCAGCUGCUUCACAAUCCAGAUGUGCGUAGGAGUGUCAGGAAAAAGCAUGCCACAGAAAAUUGACCUGCAUGCUGAGCUACAGCUGGACCGCAUGAAGCAAAAAUUUGGACGGCGCGUUUUCUUGCAGCAGAACAGCCAGUCAAGCCGGAUGUUCAUCUUCGAACUAUCACAAAAGAUUCCCCAAACGUGUCAGAAUGUCACUGCCUACUUGAAGGAUGAGACGGAGUUCAAAGACAAACUGAGCCCCAUUGUAGUGAGUCUCAACGUCAGUCUGAAGUCAACUUCCAACACCGAAGAUCUGCAGCCUGUGCUAUAUGGCCAAUUGAUGGUCCAGGAGCAAACUCAUAUUAUUCUGAACUGUGGAGAUGACAACAUCUGUAUCCCAAACCUCAAACUCUCUGCUCACACGAAUGAAGGCUCUCUGCUGAUCGGGGCAGACAAUGUGCUGCUCAUCCAGGCGACAGCAGUGAAUGAUGGUGAAGGUGCCUACGAGACCGAGCUGGUGGCUGAACUUCCUACUGGAGCUUACUUCCAAAGAGCAAACAGCAGUACACAGAAGUUGAUUUGCAACUCCCGCAAAGAAAAUGAGACCCACUUGGUGGCCUGUGAAGUGGGCAACCCAAUGAAAGCUGGCACAUUGAUCAAGGUAGAUUUAGAACUAAGUGUCAGCCAACUGGAAAAUGCUGCAAAUACCAUCAGUUUCAUGCUGCAGCUGAAGAGCAAGAAUACCCUCAACUCCAGCAGUAAUGUGGUACGACUGCCAGUCCCUGUCAAGGCGGCUGCAAAGAUGGAGCUGCUAGGGAUCUCUGCACCAGCUGCCCUUGUACUCCCAGUGAUCACUGAAGACUAUAAGAAUAAGAGCAAGAAAGUAGAUGACUAUGGACCCAAAGUUGAACAUGUCUAUCGGUUGCAGAAUGCGGGUCCUAGCACUGUGUCUGGGGCUGAGCUCCUUGUGGAUUUCCCCAACAAGUUCUGGGAAAGCUUCUUGCUCUACAUCACCAGGGUGAGCACCGAGGGCAACGUCACCUGCUCAUCCAUGAAUGAGACCAACCCCCUCAAGCUGGAACUCCAAGAGGCCAUGACUACCCCCAGUUCCAAUAUGACUGGUCAGAGAGGGCGCUGGCGACAGAAGCGUGAUGUGAGCCCAGCGUCGCUGGAGGAACCUGUGCUGGUGAACUGUAGCAGCCAAAUAUGUGCAGUCCUCCGCUGUCGUGUGGGCUUACUUGAGAGAGGGCAAGGAGCUAUGGUGACUAUCCAUGCCAUUCUAUGGUUGCAGAGUUUCCAGGAGCGACCCUUGGAACAGUUUCUUAUCCAGUCUCAGGCCUGGUUCAACACUUCAGGGAUGCCGUACCACAUACAGCCAGAGGUUCUACCAAGUGGGUCUUCUCUGGCUGAAACACUAGUGGAGCGGGUGAAUCCUGAUGCUGAGAGGGAGAUCCCUGUAUGGUGGAUCAUAGUAGCUGUAUUGGUGGGACUUCUUCUUCUUGCAACCUUUAUUAUAAUUCUUUGGAAGACAGGCUUUUUCAAGAGAAAGCGACCACCCACAGAGGAGGAGGAGCAACUUACCAAUGAACAUGGGGCAUAGUCAGCUGGGAAAGGGCAAUAGGAGAAGAUGUGAUGCUUCCAGGGCACACACAUAUGCACCCCAUCUGAACUCAUUCCUGGGACCAUCCUUGCAUAGUUCUGAGAAGAUACUCACUAGAUCUUUUGCUCCUUCAACCACCUUCCUCACAAAUACCUCAGGAUGCACCCUUUUCUAAAAGUCGUUUUUACAAAACAAUGCCAACAAUGGGCAGCAUCAUAUGCACACAGUUUGGGAAGUAGAUGAUAAUGCCAUUCAUCUACCCCAGCACAACAGACAGGAUUUUUUAAACCUCCUUAGUUUCAGCCACUUUCAUUCCACUGCUUUCACAGGUCAUGAUUGUUUUCUUGUUUCCAUUUUCUCCACCAAGCAGACCAUCAAUCACAGAUCCAAUUUUUAGAGGCUUGCUAAUUUAUAUGUAAGAAAAAACAGGUUAUAGAUGAGUGAAUAUGUAAGAAAGGAAAGCCUUUCCUUACGUAGUUUGAAAAUGAUAUGUGGAUUUCAUUCCUUAAGAUAGGGGUGAGGAAUCUGUGUCACUCCACAUGUGGAUGAACUACAAUUCCCAUCACUCAUCGUCCACAGGCCAGGCUAACUAGGACUGAUGGGGAGAGGAGUCCAACAGCAUAUGGAGAACUGUAGGCUCUACACCCCUGCCUUAAAUAUACUCAAAACCAACUAUAGUUAAUAUGUUAAAUGCUUAUGAAUAUAGUUGAUAAAUGAUAUCAUUGCCACCCCAGAAUUAAAAUAAUUGAUGUGACUAAUUUAAUACACACACACAUACACACACUUGGGUGUACUCCACACUUCCCCUUCACUCUUCAAUAGGCCAGUGCAUUUGAUGUUUUAGAAUUUCAUCUUUAUCAUGAAUCAUAACAGGUAUGAACUUGUACUUAUUUGUGAACCUCUUGGCUAACUUGUUGAUAAAUUCAUUCUUAAUUCACAUCCAGUCAGUUCUCCAGUUAUGAAUUUAUUUCCUUCCUAUAUUCAAAGACUAUAUUUAAUCAAUCUUCCAUCUGCAUCAGCCAGUAUUGGCUUCGUUCUUUAUUGGUUCCAAAUGAGCCUAGUUUUUUGUUCUGUUGACACUCCUGUCUCCAGGGAGAAGUACUUUCUUGUAAUGCAGAUUUGAAUGAUCAGAACAGUGCUAUUCUUUGAAGGGGAACCAUGCAACUCAGAACCUGAGGUUUGCUCAGAUCAUGCAGUAGCUGCCAAAUGCCUGGGGCAUUUUACCUGAGAGAGAAAAUUUUGCUGUUAAACAAACACAAACUAAUAUUAUUUUUAAAAACUUACUAUAGUGUUAUCUCUCUUUUUAAAUAUGAAAGCCAUCUUAAAUCCCAUCCUGGGAAGAAGUCAGGAUAUAAAUAGAGUGAUGGAUGAAAUUUUUGUAUUAUUAAAACAUGAGAUACAAAGCUGUUUAAAAGUAAACGUUAAAAGACCUAUUAUUAUUCUGCAAUCUCCAGGUCUCAAAAAUCUCCAGAGUUUGGAAAAGUUAUCCUUUUUGGUCACAACUCCUAGAAUCCUCUUACCAUCAUAGCUAAUGGCGGGAGGAAGUUCAAAGAAAGAGUAAUGGUUCCAAUCUCUGGCAUUAACAGCAAACACUGCCACCUUUGCAUUCCUGAUGUUUUUAUUAUUAGAAUGAAAGCCAUCAUAAUCCCAAAAGCUAAAAUUGUCUGCUAGCUUUAGAAGUAAGCAAGAAAUAAGCAAGGAGGUAUUCCCAUCAAUUUGUUCCAGGGAAAAAAGAACUCCAACUUGUGAGUCUCUAACUUGUUGCUUCCUCUGGGUUCCACACAUCUGAGGUUGCAAAUCUGUCACUAAAGGUUUCUUUAUUUGUUGUUCCAGUCAACAGAUUAAAGGCAAAACCUUCAUUUGAAUGAGUAAGCACAUGCAAAUGAAUGGUGACCUGCUCUCCAUUCCCUUCAUUUUUCUUUCUUUCUGGGAGUGGUGAUGUGGGUACACACACAUUUCUUGCCAUUCUGUGCAUGUGGCAAGCAGCCCGUGGACCCUGGGGUUUGUUAAUAUUCAAGAGGCAGCAUCCUUUAAACAGAAAGAUAUGGAAUGAGGCCACUGUUGCUCUCGGCAGUCAAAUGGAGCUAAGUGUGUGGUUUUUGGGAAGAUCUAUAAUUUUCUGGAUCUUGUAUUUUUCUUGACCAUCACCAACUGUAUCCUAGUGCAGCACACUCUAGUUGCAGGUCCUGUGGCUGCAUAUACCUGAAUGCCAUCAGCAUACUGCAGUCAAAUGCAUGGAACAUAACUCUAGCAGCCAUUUAAAAAGAAAAGAAAAUCCUUUGGGGAGGGGUUGACUUUCCUUGCAGGUAAGAAGAAUUGGGGUAUGUUUAGCCUUUGCCUCUCCCACCUGCUGCCUUUUCUGUGCUGGCGCUUCUGUCCUUCCAAGGUCCCAGAGGCACUGUUUCCAGAGUGAACAUGCUUUGGUAUGCUGCUGGAGCAAAAGCUGUUUGGAGACAAAUUGGAAUGGAGGUCUAGUGGGCAGAGAAAGAAUUAAGCCUGCUGCUUUUCAAAUCCAAGUUGCCCUCUUCCCAAAGCUACAUUUGCAUAAGCAAAUAAACUGCAAGGGUUCUGAAUUGUG